AUGCUCACAGCCCCUUUAAAUCUGCCCAAGUGGCUCGAAGAGAACUCUCAUCUUUUGAAGCCUCCGAUUAAUAAUUACUGCGUUUACAACAAAGAUGUGACUGUUAUGAUCGUAGGAGGUCCAAAUGCACGAACUGAUUAUCACAUCAACGAAACUGCAGAAUGGUUCUACCAGUACAAGGGAGCUAUGAUGUUGAAAGUGGUGGACGAAGGCGAGUUCAAAGACAUAAUCAUUGGGGAAGGGGAGAUGUUCCUACUGCCACCAAAUACUCCGCAUAACCCCGUCAGAUUCGCAAAUACAGUGGGCAUUGUCCUAGAGCAACCGAGACCGAAGGAUUCGUUAGAUCGGUUAAGAUGGUAUUGUACCAACUGCCGUGAGGUGGUGGAGGAAGCUGCUUUCCAUUGUACGGAUUUAGGCACGCAGAUAAAGGAAGCCGUGAAUAGCUUCAAAGAUAGUGAGGAGAGAAGGAAAUGUAAGAAAUGCGGGACGGUUGCGGAAUCUGCACCACCGCCUGGAUCUAUCCAGGAUCCAAAUCUUUCUUGA